AUGCCCUGUACCACCCUGGGCGUAAAACCACCGAAGCGAUGGAGGCGGUGGCAUGGGAAAUGGCUGCGCAUGUCCCCCACUAACGCCGGCCCUGGCUGCGAGCGAUUAGAGGCGGGUGUAUCGCAACUCGGUGAGCCGACGCGGAAGGCGCCAGCAUCUGACGUGUGCACGGCGGGCGUCCUAGACCUGCUCAGGGCAGCUGGGCCUACUCGAGGCUCCCCGUACGCAUCGAUGUCCAUGUCUCGCAUCGUACGGCAGCGUGCACCGUCUGCUCGUCCCUCCCCCUCUCGUUCCCACUCUCGCAUGAGAGGUAGAGGGGACAGCAACUCACACAAGGGUACUGUUCAGAGACCUGAAGAUCGCGCUCUCUACCAGAUUGAAGUGGACAACAUUUACAAUUGCCCCACACAAGUCGCCCAUCCUUCUGGCCACCAGAAGUCUAGGGACCCUGACAUAAUUGAUCGCAAGGUCGAGGAGAACAAGGAUGCAGUCGAGCAACAUCAACUAACCUAUCCAGCUGUGGUCCACAAGGCCUUCGGUAACUUGGUCUCAGCUCCCGGUUUUCCGUACAUUCGCGACAUCGAUUGGCUAGUCAAGGACUUUACGAAGGAGGAUUGGGAGCAGCUGCAGCUAACGAUCAAGGAGGAGCAUCCGCAGUUGAUCUUUGUCAAGUACUAUUAUGAUCAAGAGGCGUGCACUCUCAACAUGAGCUCGCCGUUCUUUCUUCACGAGGACAUGAUACACGCGUUUGUUAAUUUGGUCAGGAGGAAAGUGGGCAUCUACGUGCCGCCCCAGUUCCUGCACCAAAUCUUUACUGCGGUCUUGCAACUGGCGCCCCAUCACCCUGUUCCUGGGGAGACCGAACAGGUCACAGUUCCGGACUCCGUCGUCAGCCUGGUGAUGACGGCUGGAACGUACCCGAUGGGCCUACUGGAGGUGUCGAAGUCUCAGGAUUUCCGGAAAGCUUUGCGUAAGCUCUACCACGCCGGGCGACAGCACAUCCUGAACACUAAAGAGAUACAAAUGUCAUUCCUGUUCUGCAUCAAUGCUGAGGAAUACCCGCCCUAUCACUCCCCCGACAAAGGCUUGAACGUGCGGGAAAGUGACCUGGCCUACGACGACCAGCAAUACGCGCAGCAGCUCUUGGACCACGACAUGCACCUGUUCAACGUGGACCCACAGAGCACCAGGCAGAUGCGUACAUUGAAAAAAGGCAUCAAUAAUCAGUGGCCCCUUGAGAUGUGGGUUGAGCAGGGUAUAGCCAUCCCUGUCAAGCGCGACUACAACACCGCCCAGCUCAAACAUCAACACGCCAAGUUCCUUGAGGGCCUUCGCCAGGCCCUCGACAACCAGGUUUGCGCUAUGGCGGAGGUGAUGCAGCUCAAGCAGUCCAAAGACUUGUGGUGGCCGGCCGUACACAAGGCGUCAGACGAAGAUCAAGAUUACUUCAGAAAAGUCUACUGGCCCACUUUGACGAACAAGCCUAUUACGCUCGAGGAUGUCGAGAGCUUCAUCGACGAAUUGAUUACGGGCGCAGUAAACGGUGCGCGUUACACGGCUCUAUACCGUCUCAACGCAUACAACGGCGUAGUCAUUCCGUUGCAAGGCCGUACACAUCUGGCAGGUGACAAGCCAGAUCCCUGCCCUACGCACCUCAUGGUGACCGCAAAGGGUCUGAACAUGGGGGCAGCCUUGGACGAAAGCCUAACCCGCCUUCAGAAUCGGCCCGUGUCCUACAGCGGGCGUACCUCGCGUGACGGGGGCUCGACCGCACGCAUGGCUGACGAUGACGAGGACCGCGGUAAAGGGAGCUCGACUAUGAGCAGGGAGACUAGGGAGGGACACCUCACUCUCAGCUCUUCGCCAGAUUGCGAAGGAAACACUCGUCGAGUCUCCGUGAGUACAAAUUCGCGCGGACGAAAAGGUAAGGAUAAUCCAUACAUUGCACCCCAAGUUUUAGCGCCCACCGCACUGCGUGCGACCGCCACCGCCACCACCUCCUCGUUGUCCUCGACCACUCCCGCUCUCUGGGCAGCCACCGCACGCACCCGUCUGGCAAACCAGACGCACGCGCCGUCCCAACGCGAAGGCAAACUUGCAUCCGCGACUGGCUGGCUGACCUGCCGCCGGUUCAGUCAACGGCAACCAACGACCUGGCACCUCGCGGUACCAGAUCACUACUUCCUUCCUCCCCGGCUCCUCACCUCUCCCCUCUCGUCUCGUGACUUGACUUGGGUGGCCUCUCUCUUGGGUCCAGCGCCAAGCAGCAAGACUGAGCGGACCACGGAGAACGCAGAGCGAGGAGGGCGUAAGGAGGAUAGGGAUUAUGAGCAGACAGAAAGGGAGAAGGAAGGGUUCGACAACGAGAGCAAGCCGGAGCACCUGGCAGGCUCGAUGAUUAUAGGUUGGAUACUUGAGGCACACAAGUUACUUUGUGGUGAAGGAACUGAAGAGAGAGCUAUGCUACUGUCCAUUCCCACGCAUGACUUGCUCUAUGCGUGUGAUCCGGCCCGUGGAACCCGGCGGCCCGGUACGCCCUUACAGGAUGUACCUCCUUCGCCGCCGCCUAUCCCUGUGCCCGCGCCAACACGCGUAUCGACGAACACGAAGGUCGUCGUGCGCCCUGUUGGCUACACAUCACACGCACGGGCCCUGGUACAACCUCCAGGUUGUACCGGGCAGAAUGCACGGCGACACCGUGGACGCGCAGAUCUGCGCGUUCGACGUGCCCUACGCUUCCAUGAAUGCGCCCAGAGCUGCAGCGACAAAUGGAACCUUUGUUGUGCACACUGGGGCCCACGAAGAUCGCGUGGUGCGAUCCGGCAUGGCCUAAUGGUCGUACCUUCAGCUCUGCAAGAGGGCACGCCUGUGCUACGGGACGACCUCGCGGCCGUACCUUUCACUCUGCAAGGCGGCACGACGGACCCGCAGCGAUGCAUGUCCAACCGUGCCCGGCUCAACUUUGACUGCCUGUUUCGCGUUCAGGCCCUCGGCCGCUCCAACGCAGCUGAACCCCAUUUGGCUCGGCUGGCCGAGGAGUGGGAGGACCCCGACGACCUCACUCGCGACUCAAUGUCUGGCAGGCAUACAAUACGUCCAACCGCAAUUCAAGGCGGCCCGCACAUCCUCACGGAAGUGCGAGCAUCCGGUACAAUCGAACCCCGCCUGGGUCAGCUAGCAGGAACGUGGAACAACCUCGAUCCACCCUCGGAUGGCCAGCACUCAUUACAGGAAGUGCGAGCCUCCGACCUCAAGGCGGCUGAACCUUCAGUGGUUCCGCUGGCAAGUCUCAACCUCAACCUCAACCUCAACCUCAACCUCGGUGUUUCCAGCAACCACCACCUUCCUGCAAUCCCGGCGACGCCGCGAGCUCGCCAUCCGACGCUGGCGCAGUCCCACCAAACGCGCAAGCUCGAAAUCGCAGCCCGCAGUGCAGCAGCCGGGUGCCUACGGAUCCCGACCGGCGAGAACGGCCUCCCGACCGUCAACCUGGCGAGAACUUCACAGUUCUCGCUGAUGCGGCCCCCGACGUCAGUGGCGACUACGACAAGCACAUCGUGCGCGCACUCCGUAGAUAGCGCUCAGGAGAGAAGGAGGAGAGGGAUAGGGACAGAGGAGAGGGAUGAGAGUGCAGAGGCAGGAGGGGUAGACGAGGAACGUCUGGCAGAAGGAGGGGAAGGGGAAGGGUGCGGUAUAGGCAAGGAAGACGAGCAUACGUGCUCGAAAGAUGAAGGUGCGUCCCUGCUGGACGUGCCUCCCCCGCCUCUAACCCCACCAUCUCCUACACAGCCACCACCACUCGUGACGACCACGACAACCAACACGGUUGCCGUGGCGGUCACCAUGCACGUCGGUGGUACUGACGGCCCACGGGGCGACCUACAUGUCGCGACCGGCACGGUCACGCAAUGCGGUACGAUCGGCGAGCUCGCUCGGUCAACCAACGUACUCACCGUCAUUGUGGCUCACGCACAGAUAUCGGCCUUUUCGCGCGACAUCUAUGAUAGACUGAGGAGCUUGGCGGUGAAUUGGACUGCGAGUAGCCCACGGUCCUCGCCCCGCCGUCACCACCCCCCGUUCCUGUACCAAAUCUUCGUUCUCGCGGGUUCAGAGCCGUUUGGUGGCUUCCGGCUGCAGCUGGAAGAACGGAAAGCCCAGCCGACACGAGGGCAGGGAUCGACGGACGCAGCGUAUGGCGAGCGGGGCUUUGAGCAACCACCGCUUGCUUCAUGCCACCGCCAGUAUAUCGCGCGAAGACGUACUGGUUACGGAUCUCACAGAGACACGGACAUCAAGCCGUGGGCUCGACAUACGGGCCUCACGUCAGACAUCGAGACAGGUACCACCAGUACCGCGUGCAUCGAGCAAUCGACUCGACGUGCAGGAUACUGGUGA